AUGGUUGCCCAAGUUCAAAAGCCAGCUCCAGAAUUCAAGAAGACCGCUGUCAUCGACGGUGUUUUCGACGAAGUUUCUUUAGAAAAAUACAAGGGUAAGUACGUCGUUUUGGCCUUCAUUCCAUUGGCUUUCACUUUCGUUUGCCCAACUGAAAUUAUUGCCUUCUCUGAAGCUGCUAAGAAAUUUGAAGCCAUUGGUGCUCAAGUCUUGUUCGCUUCUACUGAUUCCGAAUACUCUUUGUUGGCUUGGACUAACGUUGCCAGAAAGGAUGGUGGUUUGGGUCCAGUUGACAUCCCAUUGAUCGCUGAUACCAACCAUUCCUUGUCUAGAGACUACGGUGUUUUGAUUGAAGAAGAAGGUGUUGCCUUGAGAGGUUUGUUCUUGAUUGAUCCAAAGGGUGUUGUGAGACACAUUACCAUCAACGAUUUGCCAGUCGGUAGAAACGUUGAAGAAGCUUUGAGAUUGGUCGAAGGUUUCCAAUGGACUGACAAGAACGGUACUGUCUUGCCAUGUAACUGGACUCCAGGUGCUGCUACUAUCAAGCCAGAAGUUGAUGCCUCCAAGGAAUACUUCUCUUCCGUUAACAAGGAUUAA